CGCGGGCCUAGACCGGCGUCGGCCCGCCGCCUCCGCCGCCGCCGCGCCCGGCUCAGCUCCCUGUGGCCCGGCUCGACCCGGCCCGGCCCGCCCGGGCUCAGCGGCCGCGGGGCCGCGGCUCCGCAUCCCUGCGUGGCUAAGCAGCUGCCGUGUUUGACCGGACGAGACACAGAGCGGAGUUUUGGAACUAAGUUGUCGGUUCACAUUUCUGUGCCCAGUCGCUGCCCUCGGCCAUGCGAGCUUGAUGGAAAUUAUAUGACAGAAUAUUUGGGUAACAUCUUCCUGAAAGAUCUUCGAGGACUACAGAAGACAAAAACACUAAUGCAUUUGAGAAAGUGGUAAAGUUGGGGGGGAAGGGAAAAACCCUGCUUUCCGGAUUUGCAUCGUGGCUGGAUGCUAAGAUGUCGGUGGACAUGAAUAGCCAGGGGUCUGACAGCAAUGAAGAGGACUAUGACCCCAAUUGUGAAGAAGAGGAGGAGGACGAGGACCCCGGGGACAUAGAGGACUAUUACGUGGGCGUCGCCAGCGACGUGGAGCAGCAGGGGGCCGACGCCUUCGACCCUGAGGAGUACCAGUUCACCUGCUUGACCUACAAGGAGUCCGAGGGCGCCCUCAACGAGCACAUGAUCAGCCUGGCCUCUGUCCUCAAGGUGUCUCAUUCAGUUGCUAAACUUAUAUUAGUUAAUUUCCACUGGCAAGUUGCAGAGAUAUUGGACAGGUACAAGUCCAAUUCUGCUCAGCUGCUCGUCGAGGCUCGCGUCCAGCCCAGUCCAUCGAAACACGCCCCCGCAGCCCACCCCCCUCACCACUGCGCCGUGUGCAUGCAGUUCGUGCGGAAGGAGAACCUGCUCUCGCUGGCCUGUCAGCACCAGUUUUGCCGCAGCUGCUGGGAGCAGCACUGCUCUGUGCUUGUUAAAGACGGCGUGGGUGUGGGAGUCUCUUGCAUGGCUCAGGACUGCCCACUUCGAACACCAGAGGACUUUGUGUUCCCAUUACUGCCCAACGAAGAGCUCAGAGACAAAUACAGGCGCUACCUCUUCAGGGACCAUGUGGAGAGUCAUUACCAGCUCCAGCUGUGCCCCGGUGCAGACUGCCCCAUGGUCAUCCAGGUACAAGAGCCCCGAGCGCGCCGCGUCCAGUGCAGCCGGUGCAGCGAGGUCUUCUGUUUCAAGUGUCGUCAGAUGUAUCACGCCCCCACAGACUGCGCCACCAUCCGGAAAUGGCUCACGAAGUGUGCGGACGACUCGGAGACCGCCAACUACAUUAGCGCUCACACUAAAGACUGUCCCAAGUGCAACAUCUGCAUCGAGAAGAACGGAGGCUGCAAUCACAUGCAAUGCUCCAAGUGCAAACACGACUUCUGCUGGAUGUGCCUAGGCGACUGGAAGACCCACGGCAGCGAGUACUAUGAGUGCAGCCGGUACAAGGAGAACCCCGACAUCGUCAACCAGAGCCAGCAGGCGCAGGCCCGGGAGGCCCUCAAGAAGUACCUGUUCUACUUCGAGCGGUGGGAAAACCACAACAAGAGCUUGCAGCUGGAGGCGCAGACGUACCAGCGGAUUCAUGAGAAGAUCCAGGAGCGCGUCAUGAACAACCUGGGGACGUGGAUCGACUGGCAGUACCUGCAGAACGCUGCCAAGCUCUUGGCCAAGUGUCGCUACACCCUGCAGUACACGUACCCGUAUGCCUACUACAUGGAGUCCGGGCCCAGGAAGAAGCUGUUUGAAUACCAGCAGGCGCAGCUGGAGGCGGAGAUCGAAAACCUGUCGUGGAAAGUGGAGCGCGCGGACAGCUAUGACCGGGGGGACCUAGAAAACCAGAUGCACAUAGCGGAGCAGCGCAGGCGGACCCUGCUGAAGGACUUCCACGACACCUAGGCCGGCCUCGCGAGCUGCAGGGGAGAGGCGCCGGCGGCUGUUCGGCACGACCAGGGCUCUGCCUUCACACCAGGCCCAGCCGGCCCUCCUGCGGGCCCGGCACACACCUCAUUCCCGCUCCUGCUCACCGUGCUCUCUGUUUCUGCUGCGUAGAGGCCCUGUUGGAGUGGCCUCUUCAGGAUUUGAAAUUCCCCCUGGAUGGUUGUUGGGAGGGAGGGAACGUUUUUUUGAAUGACUAUUAAUAGUAUUAGCUCAUUACAACUUAUGUAAUUUUUAAAGGUUGGGCAAUUGUACCAAAAAAACAAAACAAACAGAAAGGAAGCCAACCAUAGAAUUACACAGAACCUUUAAAAAUAAAUUGGCAUUGGAGUGUU